AUGAAUCGAAAGAAGAGAGUUGUGAAGGUGCUGAACGGGCAAAUCAAGGCACAAAAUGGGAUUAGUAAGAAUCACAAAAGAACCACCAAGAAACUGAGCUCAAAUGGACACAUUGGCAAUGAUAAAACUUGUGAUUUACCCGUGUUUGAGUGUUGUCCAAUCAAGAGCCAAGCUGUCCGAGUGUUGUCUUCAGAGCAGGGAGCCCCCUAUUCAGUCCUUCUUCAGCACAUCGACUCAGCUCACAAUCAUCACAAAUUCUAUGCAAUGCAAGCUCUGAAAAUCGAUGAUGCACAUUUUGCUUGCCUUUUCUGGUGGGGACGGAUUGGAUCAUCGGGGAGAAAGACGCUUGUCAAAUCGAGCAAAAAAGAAACCACUAUUAAUUCAUUUUGCCGGCGAUUCUCCUCAAAAACCGGACUGAAUUGGGAACAGCGAAAUCAACCUGGGAAAGCUGGACAAUAUCAUGUUGUUGAACUCUCUACUCCGCAAGAAAUCAAACCGCCAAAAUCUGAAGACAACUUUCAGAUAGCAGGGCCGAAAAUUAUUCCGAAGAGCCGUCUUCCCCUUGAGGCGCAACAUUUGUUCAGCUCGAUCACUGAUCGGGCCACGGUUGCCAAGGAGAUUCUCAAAGUUGAGCCUCACUACCAGAAUACGCUGGAUAGGCCAUUGGGAAGACUUACUCCUGCACAAUUGAAAGGUGGAUAUGCAUGUUUGAGAGAGAUCGAGGAGCUCAUGGCACAAAGCAAGCCAAACAAAAAAAAGCUAUCCGAUGCAAGCGACAUCUUUUAUUCGAUGAUUCCACACGAAUUUGGGAUAAGGGAAGUCCCGCCUGUGAUCUCGACAUCGGAUUUGGUCAAGGAGAAAGCCGGGCUGUUGAACACACUUGCUGAGGCACAAAUUGCUAUUCGACGCUUAGAGGAAGCUGAAGCUGUUGAGGCUAAUGGCAAAACGAAUCACCUCGACGCUUUGCACAACUUGAUCGCUUUCAAAUUAGAGCUCCUGCAACCAAACACUGAUGUCUUCAAUUUGAUUCAAGAAUACUUGUUUCUCAAUCAUGCCCCGGCUCACAACUUUGAUCUUAAGUUGAAAGCGAUCUUUGAAGUGAAGGAGCGAAAAGAAAAGUUUCGCUUCAAAGAUCUGGGUAACAAAGUUCUGCUUUGGCAUGGAUGUCGAUUACCGACAGUUGUGGGCAUUCUCUCCCAUGGUCUUCAGAUUUCUCCUCCCGAGACACCAAGUGAUCGUUUCAUGUUCGGUAGAGGACUUUACUUUGCUGAUUCAUCAUCAGAAUCAGCUAAAUAUUGCCAUGCAGGAAAUGGUGAAGAAGCUGUGCUGGUUCUUGCUGAAGUUUCACUCGGUGAUGCGAACACCAAAGCUGCACCUGAUUUCAAUGCUCGAAAUCUGCCAAGAGGAAAAAAUUCAGUGUUUGGGAAAGGAAGAAAAGCACCGGAUUGUUCAGAGAACAAACAUCCAACAUUAUUCGAUGAUGUGAAAGUCCCGGUGGGAGCCAUUAAAAAAGUGUUCGGUCGAAAAGGAGACUUGCCACUGAAUGAGUACACGAUUUACGAUGAGACACAGGCUCGUCUCCGCUUCCUCGUUCAUGUGCAACUAUCAGCGAAAAGCAACGAU